AUGGAGGAUGCAAAUAUGGACAUGCUUCCAGGCACUGUCGAGGCUUUCGCUCGGGCGUCACGGCACGGGCGCUUUGCGGGCGACGAGGGACAAGAGGAAGGAGGAGAUGAGGAGGAGGAGACGGGCAAUGCCUUUUUCAGACAAAAGGCAAUCCCUGCAGGCUUGGAGUUGGAAAUGGCCUUGAUGCGGGAGGAGCGACAAAGGGACAAAGAGCUCAAGGAAAGCUUUCCCCUGCGUGAUCGCAUUAGGAAUACAUCCAUCGUAGAUCGCAGGGUAUGGGAAAAUCAUGAGAUUGGUGUGGGCCGAAUUGGAGGCCUUUAA